AUGACAGGUAUCCCAACGGAGGUGGCCUUACACAAGCUAAGCUUGGAUCCCAACAUACCUCCGGUUAGACAAAAGAAAUGCUCUAUUGCGGAGGCCAGGAAUAAAUUCGUCAAAGAAGAGGUCUACGGGAUCUUCGAAACCAAAAAGGAGCGCAUGCAACAAUACGUGGUAAAGGUCCAGGCUCGAUCUCGGAAGAGGUUGAUUAUUUCUAUCUCGAGGAAAGAAAAUGCAAAAGUAGAUGCACUGGCUAACCUCGAUUUAAAAACAGAAAUAAAGGGAUCAGAGUUCGGGACGGUAGUACAACUGAUGCAUUCGGUCCUGGAUGCAGAUAGCUACUACGAGGUCCUUAUCAGAAGAUCAGCUAACGCGAAAUUGGUGGAUUUAUUGUGGGAAAACAUAAUCUGCAGGUUCGGAAUACCAAAAGAGAUAGCAUUCGAUAAUGGGCCGCAAUUUAUUGGCGCAAUGAUCACAAAGUUCCUUGAAGAUUUGAAAAUAAAGAGGAUUACAUCUUCACCCUACCAUCCGAGCGCAAAUGGUCAAGCGGAGUCAACGAAAAAGUGA